GAGCGCCAAUUAUUGUAACUGAAUGCGACUUAUCUUCAUUCAUGAUCUCUAUUAAAUUAUGAAAAGCUUACGACAUAAGUUGGUUUAAAGGGUCCGGUGAAUAAUUGUCUUGCGUUAUUGUUAUUAUAACCAUAAAGAAGUGAAAAAGAUCGUGUUGUUAGAUUUCUCGAGAUAUUAGUCACUGGAAUAAACAAACAAUGACAGAUCUAGUUACUAAAGCUGGCGCCUCAACUGCAGUGGCGAUAUUUGAGAAAUUGAUAGCAGCAAUUCCAAACGUUAUACAGCUUUCCGGAGUAAACGACAUUAGUAGACUGAUAUCAGACGAAGCUGGAAAGCAGAUAACGAAAGACCAGAAUCUGCAGAAAUUGGUUGCCGAGCUGUUAGAAAAAGAUUUACGGAUCCAUAUCAAGGGAAAAGAAAUCGUUCUAAGUAGCCUUCAUAUAGUUCAUGGUCCAAUAAAGACCAUUGAGGAAAUGGUCUAUUCGCACCCGUAUGUCGUUCUCGCUGCUUGCAUUGGUAUGACAUUUAUCACAACAAAAUUGGAACUUUUCGACAUUCUUUGGGACUUUUUGCCAAGGAAACGUCCCUCAACAACCCCUACAAAUAACUAAGUAUAGUGGUUUGACCUUCAUCUGGACAAAACAGCAUCAAAUACAAAAGUGUACUAACUUUGUAAAUGUUUAAGAUAACGGCAUGCCUUUUUAUGGCUAAGGAGGUUUCGCAUAACAUCAAACAUUUUGAUAAUUGAGAAAGAGAGAUGUAUCAACAAUAAUGUUUUUCAAUCGUAUGUAUACUUAACAUGUUAUCAUUGAAUAUUUCUUUGUUUGUCUACAUGCAUGCUUUUUUAUAUUAUAUCGCCAUAACUUCAUGUGAUAUCAUGAGUGAUAUCGCAAAUAUCUGCUUUGUGGAAAGCCUCCCCUCCCCCACAAAAAAUGCUAAGAAUCAGUAAUCAGUUUAGUAACAAACAAAAUUGAAACAUGAUCAUUUAUCCAACACCUAAAUAUCGAUCGAAACUCCACGAUGGUGUUAGUUAGGAGUUGUACUGAAACAACAUCGCCAAUAGCAGAGAAAUACAUGUCAACCUUUACUAUGUAGUAUAAACAUUUGAUAUAUGGAAAUCUUACUAUCCCUGAUUCGCUUUUAUUGGUUGAGGAAACUGUUUAUGUGAUAAGUUAUUAUAUUCCAAUCAAUUUUCGUCUCAAUUUUUUUUUUCGACGGUAUAUUACUUCAUUCAUUAUGUGGGGGGGGGACAUCUUGGGCCUGUGUUUUGCUCUCAAAAAUAAGUAAACUAUUGUGUUUGAAUGUAAGUAAGUACUAUCAAAUGUGUCCGGAAUCGUAUCUCAUUACUUAUCUCUCAAAAUGGCAAUGUUAAUUUAUGAAUAUAUUGAUGUAAAGAUGGGGAAGAUAUCCUUUUGAUCACGGAUACAUGUUGUUAACUAUUAUUGAUCUAUGGUUAACAGUUGUUGCUGUUUGAAAAAAAUAUGAACGAUUCAAGUUAACGUUUGGCAUACAAUAACUUUGUAAUAUCAUGGUAAAAUAUGUUUUUCUUUGAGCACGCAUUGAUAUCUAACCUUUACUCUGUAAUGCACUCUAAGGUUAUUAUUGUGAUUGACAAUUGUGAAGUUUUCUAAUAAUUUGUCUUUUUCUUAAUAUAGUUGAUAUUUAGUUUGUUAAUAAACUCUGAAUUGGU